GAGUUCCUUUGCCAUGCCGCUCCUGGAUGGAGACCUGGAGAGUUCAGAAAAGCAUCCUUCUCGUAAGGUGGACAGCCCCUUCGGCUCAGGCAGCCCCUCCAAAGGCUUCUUCUCCAGAGGCCCCCAGCCCCGGCCCUCCAGCCCCGUGUCUGCUCCUGUGAGGCCCAAGACCAGCCCCGGCUCCCCCAGAACCGUGUUCCCGUUCUCCUACCAGGAGUCCUCUCCGCGCUCCCCCCGCCGCAUGAGCUUCAGCGGGAUCUUCCGUUCCUCGUCCAAAGAAUCUUCCCCCAACUCCAACCCGUCUACCUCGCCCGGGGGCAUCCGCUUCUUCUCCCGCUCCAGAAAAAAGGCCAGAAACCAAAAUCAAGACGUCAGCAGGGCCAUGGUCCCUCCGAAGAGUCUAGGGAAGAAUCUGUUCCAGGCCUUUCUCUUAGCUCCAGUGUUGGCUGGCGGUCCUGGGUGCUCCUUGGCUUGUGGAAGCAGCGCUCGUCUCUGCGUCCACCGUCAUUGUCACGUGGCCCUCUCCCGCCGUGUGUCUGUGUCUGUGCGCUGCCUCUUCUCUUCUUCUUCUAAGGACAACAGUCAUGUUGGAUUGAGGGCCACCCUACUUCAGGAUGAACUCCUCCUAACUAAUUACAUCUGCAAUGACACUGUUUCCAAAUAAGUUCGCUUUCUGUGGUUCCUGGAAGGACAUGAAUUGUGGGGGGGACACCAUCCAACCCAGUACACAGGCUACAUUGAAAAGCCAAGAUCUGCAAUUCAUGUCACUGGCUGGGGAGGUGCAGGACUUGUGGGUGUAGGGUGGUCAUUCUGUUAAGACCAGGGUCAUUUCUUUGUGUUGUUUUGGCUGUGCUGUGUGGCAUGGGAUCUUAGUUCCCUGACCAGGGAUGGAACGCAUGCCCCCUGCAG